UCUGACGCUACUGCCUUUGAAAUGGCGUUGAUGUAGUUCAAUACGCCGUUAUUUGUAGUUAUUGUGCUGGUUUGGGUCGCUUCAGAUUUAAGUUUUCUGGUCCAGUGUAAAUUUUUGGACUCAGCCUCCAUAAUUUGGGCAUUACGGAGUUGAUAAACAAAAAUGUGGUGAAGCAAAUUGUUUAUAAUUUACGUUGCAUAAUAAGGCCGCAGCUACCCCCGAUCUUGCGUAGGGAUUACAACGGCUUUCGAAUGCUUGGCCUGCCGCAGCUAGAUUUCGGUUUCCAAGUGAAUCCCGGUGGACAUGUGUAUCAGUAAAAACAAUCUGGAAGCGAACUUACAGUCAACAAUAACAUUACCCUUACCACAUAAUUAUUAAUAGAGCAUUUAGUUUGUUAAACAGUCCCUUCCACCUGAGUUAGAGUUUGACAUCUGAACACACAUUCACUAUGGCAUCGGUGCCGGUGUACUGCUUGUGUCGCCUGCCUUAUGAUGUGACACGCUUCAUGAUCGAGUGUGACAUAUGUCAAGACUGGUUUCAUGGAAGCUGUGUUGGAGUAGAGGAGGACAAAGCAGCUGAGAUUGACCUGUAUCAUUGCCCCAACUGUCAGGUGACCCAUGGGCCAUCAGUCAUGCGCAAACGCCGUGGCGGCAAUAAGCAGACAGAUGGUGGUGCUGCUGGAGCUAGAGAGCCAGGUCGGCCUGUUAAAACAGGCAGCCCACAGUUUGUUAGGGAGCUACGGAGCCGCACCUUCCCAGGUGCGGAUGAAGUCUUGCUAAAGCCGUCUGGGGCCCAGCUGACAGUCGAGUUUCUGGAAGAGCAUUCAUUCAGUGUUCCUGUCAUGGUACUGAGGCGGGAUGGACUCGGCAUGACCCUUCCUCCAGCAUCAUUCAGCGUCAGCGACGUAGAGCACUACAUUGGUGCAGACAAGGAAAUUGAUGUGAUUGAUGUGUCUCGCCAAUGUGACCUGAAGAUGCGGUUGGGAGACUUUGUUGAAUACUACAACAGCCCCAACAGAGACAGAGUGCUCAACGUCAUCAGUCUGGAGUUUUCUGAGACCAGGUUGUCGAACUUGGUGGAGACUCCUAAGAUUGUGAGGAAACUGUCGUGGGUGGAAAACCUCUGGCCUGAAGAGUCUGUAUUUGAGCGCCCCAAUGUGCAGAAGUACUGCCUAAUGGGAGUGAAGGACAGCUACACAGAUUUCCACAUUGACUUUGGAGGUACCUCAGUAUGGUACCACGUCCUGAGGGGAGAGAAAAUCUUCUACCUGAUUUCCCCCACUGCAGCCAACUUGGCACUUUUUGAGCGUUGGAAUUCCUCAUCUAACCAGAAUGAGAUGUUCUUUGGAGACCAAGUUGAUAUGUGUUACAAGUGCUCUGUCAAACAAGGAAACACAUUGUUCAUACCAACAGGGUGGAUCCAUGCUGUGCUGACUCCAGUGGAUUGCCUGGCCUUUGGAGGAAACUUCUUGCAUAGUCUCAACAUUGACAUGCAGCUCCGGGCAUAUGAAAUAGAGAAGAGAUUAAGCACAGCAGAGAUGUUCAGCUUUCCCAACUUUGAGACAGUGUGCUGGUAUGUUGGAAAGCACCUUCUUGAUACCUUCAGAGGUUUGAGAGAAAACCGCAGACAUCCUGCCACUUACCUGGUUCAUGGAGCGAAGGCCUUGAAUAACGCCUUCCGUACCUGGACCCGUAAAGAGGCUUUAGCAGACCAUGAAGUGGAGAUUCCAGAAACCAUCAAUACUCAGACGCUAGUGAAGGACCUGGCCAAGGAGAUUCGUCUGGUUGAGGAUAUCUUCCAGCAAAACAUUGGCCGCACUGGACCUCAGUAUCCUGGUUCACCACUCUCUAAAGCUCCCCUGACCACCUCUCAGAAUUCAGGACGCCCCCCUGGAAAAAAGAAAGGCCCCAAGCCCAAGGAGGUGCUCGGGGGUCUUGGGCCCCCAGGAACCAAGAAGAAGAGUCAGAAGGGGCUACUGAAAGCAGAAGCAGGAGAACUUGACCUCAUUGAGAUCCACACCAAACACACACUCAAAAAAUUUCAACCUGGCAAGUCCAAAAACAAGAACAAGUUGGAGUUGCCUUUAGAGGAGUUUGAAGGGAAGCUAAAUAAAAGCAAAUUGAAACUUGUGCUGACCAAUGGAAAAAUCCAAGGGAAGAAGGACGGCAGCAGUAAUGGUGCAGGAAGUGCAGGAAAGUUCAAACAUCUUGCUGCGGAAGGAUCCAGUCUGUCUGACUUUGAGUCCGAGGAUGAGCUGCAGAUUGAUGAGACCCCUCCUCCCCGCCGCAAGCCGGCAGGAGCUAGCAAGAAAAAGAAACUAAGCGGUCUUCCCAGGAAGCUGCCGAGAGCCAAACCCUGCUCCGACCCCAAUCGCAUCAGGGAGCCAGGAGAGGUAGACUUUGACAUUGAGGAGGAUUACACCACAGAUGAAGAGGCACUAGCUGCUCACGGGGUGAAGGGUGGAGCAGGGGGCAUCCUGGACUUACUGAAGGCCAGCAAGCAAGUGGCAGGCUUGGACUCUGCAGCACUCAGCGAGGAAGCCCCAGCCUCUCCCAGUACUCGGGAUGCCAUACAGGGUAUGCUGUCCAUGGCCAACCCCCCCUCCUCGUCCUCAUCUUCCUCCUCUUCAUCUCCUCUAUCCAUUUCUGGAGGCCUGACAGAGGGAUUAGGGGUGGUCAAGGAAAAGGGUGGCAAGGCGGUAUGGGUGACCGGAGGAGUCAAAAAGACGAGAAGCCCCGAGAAGAAACCUGUCAUCCAGCGGCCUGGGAAACGGCCAAUUAAACGACCAGCCCGUCAUCUUAGUGACGAGGACAGUCCAGAUGAGCAAGAGACUCUGGGAACCUGUUUUAAAGAUUCAGACUAUGUUUACCCGUCCUUAGAGUCUGAUGAGGAGGAUCAUGCUAACAAGGCCAAGAUGAAGCGGAAGAAAAACUGGGAUGACACACCUUGGAGCCCAAAAGCCAGGGUGAUGCCCACACUUCCCAAACAGGAUCGGCCAGCCAGGGAAGGGGCUCGAGUUGCAUCUGUAGAAACUGGUCUUGCAGCAGCUGCUGCCAAGCUGGCACAACAAGAGCAGCAAAAGCCUGCCAAGAGGAAGUACACCAAAAAGCAGCGUCCUCCUGCUCCUGUAGCCCCUCCUCCUCCUGUUCAGACUGAGCCAGCUCCACCCUCACCACCACCUGCCCCAGAGUCUGCAGGAGACUUCAGCCCAGACAGGAGGAUGGAUUACUACUCUGCUAGUCUGUUGGAUCAUGAAUACACGGCAGGACCAGGACCUUUUGGCCCUGGGGGGCCUAGAGGCAGCGGAGCCAUGGCCCCUGGCGUAUUCCUCACUUCACGCCGACCUUCACUUUCUCCGCAGAACAGCAGCUCUCACUCUGGUACAUCCCCUGCAGGUGUAGCCAGCCAAGGCACAACAGGAGUCGGUCAAGGGAAACGUCCAAAGAAAGGACUUGCAACUGCAAAACAGAGACUUGGAAAAAUUCUGAAAAUCCACCGUAACGGCAAACUUCUCUUGUGAGAGCUGUCGGAUAUGUGGCUAAAAGACUUUUAAGUGGGAAUGAAGAAAAAGCUUUUUGUGAAAGUAGGUCUGAAGGAAAUAGAGAUAGCGAUCUAUAUUUUGUACUCCAGAUAAAUUUGUUUAUGAUUUUCACCUGUUAUUGAACCUCACUAUCUCUUGUCCUACACCAAUUACUCUGCCCAGCAAUUGCAGCCUGUUGUGGCACUCCAUUUGUCCAUAUCGGCAUAAAGGCAUUUUCAGAGGCACAUCUGUGACUUUUUACAAAUUGCAAGUAACUCUGAAUGAUUACAAAACAUUUGCAUUGGCAAUGGGAAGUUGUGACAUAUUUCAAAAUGACAGGUGGACACUGAUUUAAGUAGCUAGAUUAACUAGCGUAAUAAUUUGAGAAAACCCAAUAGUUUAUGUUUUUUUAGGCUAUUUUUAGUGGCUUUAUUAAUGCAAAGACAUUCUGCUGUCCAUAAUGAUUUUUAAAAAGGGAAAGAAAAACACAUUUUCUAGUUAGGUAAAAUGUAAUGUCUGUAUAGCCCUCACACACACACAGUCAUGCAGUUGUAGUCUUGUAUUUAGUCUUUUUACCUCAUAAACACAUUCUUGUGUGGCAUGAUGAUUACAGGAUACCACUCGUUACACACAAUAAACAGUUUUGUAAAAAUCCAGUGUAUGCACAUGGUCAGCACUCAGAGCGCCACAUGUUUUCAUUCUUUUUGAGGAAUUUGUCACUGAUGUUUAUACUGUAGCUCGACACGUAAAGUAAAAAGUGCUCAACUGAUGCCAAGAGUAACAUCAUACAGUUCUAUUUAUUCUCAUCAUAUUUAUUUAACAAGGCAGCAUUUUGUCAUCUCUUAGCCUGUUUUAACGUGUUAUGUUUUCACCACCUCGUCCUCUUGGUCCCCACUUUAAUUAUUUUCAACCACUUAAUACCUGUACAAAAAUGGUGUCCAUUGCUUUGUUAGAAUUUUCUUUUUUACAGUUUAUGUUGUCAUUGUAAAUAUUUGUAAUAUUUUGUAAUUUAUAUAACUACAUUGGAAGAGCAGAAAAAUAUAAUGACAUGAAGAGAUUAGUUUCCUGCAAGUUGUUAACCUUUUGAGCCCAAAGUUUCAGCAGCAUUCUCGGGCCAGAUCUAGAGACGUGCUUUCUUUCCACAGAAUGUACUACUUAUCAAAAUGUCGGCAGACUUGUAGAUUUAAUUGUGUGAAAACAUUGUGAAGGUGCAGGACAUGAAUUGACAUGUAAAUAUAUGUUGUAAUUUAAGUUCUUUUAUAGUUAAAAAACUUUUAAAUCUUUCUUAACAUAACUUGUACAUGAUACAUUGCUGUAUUUGGAAAAUAUCUGAAAUAGUUCAUUUUUUUAUAUUUGUACGCAGUAAUUGUCAUGCUUAGUUUGUCAUGUUGUCUUGUCAGUGUAAUAGUGGAAAUGUUCUGAAAAAAAAAAUGCCCUUGUUUAAUUUCAUCAAUUUAGUUUUAUAUUAAUUAUUGUUGAUAUUCACUCUUGUGUUGGUGUGUACUGUGUGUUUUAAACAUGAUGUGUUUAAUUACGACCUGGAACAGAUAAAGUAUACCUUGGGCAAAA